CAAUUUUGCCGCGCCAGCGGCCCCCGGAGCUCCCGCAGGCGGGUCGCCGCCGCCAAUGCUAGGGACUUGUGGAUCUAACAUGACGCGAAGCACAAGUGACACCCCAACACAGGGAACCCAAGCUCUAGCUAGCGAGACAGAAGACAACGGGGAUCCGAUCAGUGCGGCACCAUCUAACGCACAUAUCAUCACUGGGGAGGUCGUGGACCAAGAUAUCAUUAAGGACGGAACGAGAGGAUUAACAUUCCGUGAUAAUAAAAAUCAUCAUGGUGGUGCAGGUGCGCUUCAUCUACGUGACGCGUUAUCCGAUAAUGCGACCGGAGACGACAAGAUUCUCAACAGCUUGGGUUUAGUGGCUGAAUCGCAGUCCUUACGUCGAGAUGGGAGCGCCGCAUCAAGCUCAAGACGUGUCCUCCAGCUAGACGAAGACUCAGAAGAGGAAGAUCAACGAGCCCAAAAGCAGAUUCAUGAGAGCCUAACCGAAAAAGGUGGAACGGAGGAGAGCUCUAGUAUCCUUAACUCAGCAGUAGGAGGAGACACAAGUAGCGCGACACGCUCAUUAAUACAUCCACAGACUGCAGGUAUUUCAACUUCUGGCGCUCCUCCUGGCUACACUACCUACAUGGUUCAGCAGACGUGCGCCAUCGACACCCGACAGCUCUUUUUGUUUCUAAGGUCAUGGACUAUAUCAGGGUUUGUCUGCAUGUGUGGCCACUCAAUUCCGAUGGAAUUCAGUAUGUCCGACUGGCUUCUCAACCUCGCGCAAUCGCUUCCAGAGGCUGAAGUCGCUACCAUUGUGCGGAAGUCCCGUAGUAUUUUCAACGCCGGACUGGUGUCGCUUGCCGAAUUCGAAGUAGUGGUUUCCAGGGCAGUAGAUCAUGACGCUGCAACAUCCUGCAGCUCGGAAAACGGCAUUCUAUCGAGAAGCGAGUCCACGAGCAACAUUAUGGAUGUUCUUG